CCUCUGUUGAGUUCCGCUGAUGUCAGUGAGCCAGGCGAUGUCAUGUUGGUUUCUAUUUACAGGGUUCUCGUUCCCUCUCUCUCUCUCUCCCCGACACUGAUUCGAACGCACCACAUAUUUAUAUCCGCUGACACCGUGGAAUGAUGCGCCGAUGAAACAAACAACACAGGACAACACAUCGUCCCGAUUUCACGCAUAUUCUCUCGUUCUCUCGUCUGUCCUCGUCGCUUCCGAUACAAAAUGAUGCACAUUUCAAACGAUUCGCAUCGCGUCGUAGCUACAACAAUUCAAUAACAUCCCCCGCUCUCCGCCAUUCCCUGUGGAUGCUGCUGGUAGUAUGGUGAUGCGGGCGAUCAAAUAGAGCUCCGUUUGGUGAAAGACUUGCGAGGCUUCGGGUCAAUCGGGGGAGGUGACGGGGUUCAGUUUAAAGGUUCCCAAUGUUGAACAUGUCGACCCCCAGCGAGCUGAAGUCUCCGUGUGUCCCGAGGAACGGCAUGGUCAAGCUCCCCCCUCAGCCCAACGGUCUGGGCAGCGCCAGCAUCACCAAGGGCACGCCCGCCGCCAAGAACCGCCUGUGCCAGUCCUCCUCCGUGCCCGGCAUUCUACCCCCGCCUUCCCUACCCUACCACCUGGACCCCCUCAACCCCCUGGGUCCCUCUCUCCUGGGUCCAGACCUGGACCACAGCCCCCUGACCGCCCUCAAACCCCCGCUGCGCCAGGUCCCCCUCACCUUCCCCAAGCCUCACCUUCCCCUCACCCUGCCUCUGGCCCUUCUGCCGCCCCUGGAGCGCCAGCUGGCCCUGGAUGAGAAGCUGCUCAACAGGCUGCUGUGGUACUUCACCACGGCUGAGAAGUGUGUCCUGGCCCAGGUGUGUAGGACCUGGAGGAAAGUGCUGUACCAGUCUAAGUUCUGGGAGGGGGUCACGCCCAUCCUCCACGCCAAGGAGCUGUACGCCCUGCUCCCCGGCGGAGACAAGGAGUUUGUCAGCCUGCAGGCCUUCGCUCUCAGGGGGUUCCAGGCGUUCUGUCUGGUGGGAGUUUCAGACCUGGACAUCUGUGAGUUCAUUGAUAACUACCCCUUAUCCAAGAAGGGGGUGAAGUCGGUCAGUCUGAAGAGGUCCACCAUCACAGACGCAGGCCUGGAGGUCUGGAUCCAGGAGAGAAGCUGUGGUGGGCAAGUGUCCCAGGGGGUUGAGGGCCGUCAGGGGGCUGUGGUCCAGGUCUGGACCCAGGAGAGAAGCUGCGGUGGGCAAGUGUCCCAGGGGGUUGAGGGCCGUCAGGGGGCUGUGACUCUAGGUCUGGACCCAGGAGAGAAGCUGCGGUGGGCAAGUGUCCCAGGGGGUUGA